UGUCACUAACUUAUGUAAAACAUAUAUUUCAGUACACAUUCUCUAAAAGUGAGCUCCGGGAACAUGGAGAGAGAUCUUCAGUCACCGACAUCUUAUGUACUAAGUAUAAAGUGCACACAAACAUAAGAGAUGUUGGACUAGAUCGUAAUCCCCAAAUCUGCACAUGGCUCUCACCCUUUUCAUGUGGAUAGUCGGGUGGUCUUCCACUGUACACUUGCCACCCACGCCCUUGAAAGGUACUCUGUAGGGCUAAGAUACACAUGAUGGGGAGAGGUUAACAGCUCGAGGCAGGGAUUUAGAGUUUAAACUUCUGUUUUCACUGAAACUUUUUUUUCUGUUCAGUGGACUAGAUUGUGGAGCCCUUACACAGGUGCGCACUAACAUAAGUAGUCCCAUUGAUUUUUAAAAUUAAAUUGCUUUUAUCUCAAACAAGCAUCACAAACUAAUUUUCAGAACACUCCUGUAUGAGGCAGGCUUUUCUUCCAUUUCAUAGAAGUUAAGUGACCCUCCCUAACUUCACAGAGGGAGUCUGUAGCAAGGCAGAAUAGUACGUUGGAAUUUGUGUCCAGACUAUACCUUUGUCAGCAGUUGUCAGCCAAAGUAACAUGUUAAACAGCAGAGCAGGAGCUUGUGACACUUUGUCUUCCUGGGGGGAGUACUUGUGGAAUGUUGUGUUGCAUUCUCCUGAGGUUAACAGCAACAAUAGCAUUGGCCUUUCCAGUCUUCUUUAGGUAUGCUGCAUACAGUAUUGCAACAGCAGAUCUCAAACUUUUGCUAGUUAUAAUACAGUCAGUGUAAGCAAACACAUCUAGUGUUCUUUACAUUCUAUCUGUUAGGCUCUGGAGAACUUUAGUCAUAUCUUAGUAAAUGAGCUCCUGUUUUUUCUUGGAAGUCAUAGCUGGACCAGUGAGUCUCCAGUGCUAUGUAAUCUACUGGCAUCUACUCAUUGCCCAUAAUUGGGACCGAUUGCAGUGUGUGUACUAACCUACUGCCUUCACUCAGCAAACCCUAUUUGAAGUAGGGCACUUCAGAGUUCAGCCGUAUGGUACAUUAUCCCUUACUCCCCUACUUUCUUUGCUCUCCUCUAAUACGGCAUCAAUAUAGCACUUACUCACCUCAUUUCACCCCCCCCCCCCCAAAAGAGUGGGCUCUACAUAAUCUCCUUCCUCUACCAAAUUGAUAGUGAUGUUUUGUCAAUAACAAAUUUACAGACAGUUGCAAGCAUGAAGUCCAAAUCCAGAGCUAUGCCGAAGUCCCUACACUUUUCCUUGGGGGAACAGUCUUUGUUUAUUGACCAUCUUCCUACACUUUCCUCCCAGAAAUCUUAGUUCUGUCCAUUUCAGUGGAGUGAAGAGGAUAUGCUCUUAUUUUCUAUCCCUGUUUUGAUUUUGUAUGGCAACAGUAGUACUGAAGCUUUUGAGCCAUGAUGUAGGUUAAUAGUUGUGUUUAAACCUAUGUGGGCACUGUUCUAUGCUAGCCAUAAACACACAAAAAGACAACUCUCACUUCCUUGAAAAGCUCAGUGUUUGACAAAACAGACAUCAAAAUGAGAGGAGAGAAUGGAAUACACCACCUUUUCCUCCUCCUCCCCUCCCAAAUUGGUUUUUAAUUUAUUUGUAUAUUGUGCCCAUUUGCGUCCAUUGGAAUCCUGUCUUUGAAUUAAACUUGAGCCCCUUUGUUCUUUGUCACUUUAUAGCUCUGCCCUAAUUAUUUAUGCUUUUUGUUUUUAAAAUGUUUAACCCUUUCCUUCCUUUUCACUGUGGCUGAGUUUUGUGGGAUUUUCAAGCCUUCCUAUACCUGCCUCCAACAUCCCACAUUAAGUGUGGCUAUGGCUGUUAGGAGCUGCUGUCAGAAUGACAUUGAAUGCAGUGAAGAUUGGAGAAAAGGGGUGUUAUGUGGUCACACCAAAAAGAGUUUGCAGAUCCUGCUAUUGUCCAACUGCAUGUAGGCUAGGUUUUUUUAAAGAAGCCUACAGUUAGGCUCCCACAUCCUGUUAAAAUUCAAUGGAAGUUUGGCACUUUUGUUCUUAUAUCCCUUAAAGUAGGAGGAGUAAUAGCUCUGUUUGUGUGUUUCUAAGCAGGAAAUGAUUGAAGGUGGGGAUCUAUAUUUUAUUUCUUUAACUUUGUAGCAGGAAUACAAACAGCAGGAAGUUGAGGUAGGUCGAGAAACUCUACCCUAGACAGAGACUAUUGCUGAAAAAUUCUUGGUCCCUGUUGAAAGAAAGCAAGUCUGGUGCUGGUUAUGGCAGCAAGGCUUGAGGAAGAGACUCUACCCUUCCAACCAGGUUUCAUCAUACCACAGAAAACCUACUCUCUGCACCUUAAGUCUAGAACGUGGGCUGCCUGUAUCUAGGGCUCGCUGCGCUAGGGCUAUGACUCCCCAGCUCGGGUAUGCCUAGCACUACACCUCGCUGCGCUAGUGUGACUAUAAAUAGCAGUUUAACUGCCCUGGAGGUAGGGCUGAGCCGGGUAGCCUAGGUAGCUCCUGCCCUUAAAUCUGUGGUUAUGCUGCUAUUUAUAUUCCUACCGCCUCACGAAGAUGCGUGCCUGCGCCGGGGCAUCACCCUCGCUUGUAAUGCAGACAGAGCCUGUGGUCUCCUUCUACUUAGUCUCACAGCACCCCGGGGAGGGCGGCUGCCGCAGAGCAGGGACUUGAGCCGGGCCCUCCUGUGCCCCAGCCUAGCACAUUCACCCCAGGGCCCGCCUUCGGUAGGGGGCGCCCAGCCAGGGAGGUCUCAGGAUGAAACGUAAAUAGCAACGUCUCCCCCGGCCUCCUGACAUGGGGGGAACCGGUUUGUGCCCCUCUAGCAGCACCCCCCCCAUCGAGUUCGCGGGGUGGGGGGGGGGGCAAGCAGCGGCAGAGCCCUGAGUCGCCGGGGCACAGAACUCCUCCAGCCCCGCGGCGGCGGAGAGAGAGCGCGAGCUUCUCCCGGGGCUGCGGGGGAGGAGAGCGAGCUCUGGCGGGAGCCAGGACGCGGGGAGGGAGACAGGGGAAAGCGAGCUCCGGCCGGGGAGGGGGGGCAUGUUCCGGGGUCGAAGUUAAAUGUCUGUGCGCGCUCCCAUCAUGGGCCCCUUUCCGUCCCUGUCGCAUGGGACCUCCCCACCCCGCCACGUGUGGACGCCCCCCGCCUGAAGGGGGCGCAGCCCUUGACCUCUGACCCGCUGGGGAUGACGCGUUGGGUCCUUUAACGUGUUUAGGCGCCGUCCCCCCGCCUGAGCCAUCUGCCCCGGUCCGCUUAACGGGUCAAGGAAUGGAGUCAUUUUGGCGGGGUGAAGGGUCCUUCCCGGAAAGGGGAAUGUUGCCUGUUGUCCCGGGUCCCGCCCCUCUCCCAGACUCCCACACGCACACUACUCAGGAAGUGGGUGGCCACGGCGCUGCCUGAUCCGUUACCGGACCGGUAGAGGGGAGGGGUCCUGAUUGUCCCUGCGUCGCGGAACAGGGCCGGCAGUCACGUGAGUGGCAGCGGCCGGCGCCUCGGAGCGAGGAGGGGGCUGCAGGGGGAGGGGAAGCCCGGACUCCCCUCGGCCAGGCAGGCCCCCGCCGCCAUGGGCAUUAAAUUUUUAGAAGUUAUUAAGCCUUUCUGUGCAGUUUUACCUGAAAUCCAGAAGCCUGAAAGAAAGGAUGCAGUAUUCCAGUAGGGGUCACACCAGUGUCAAAUACAGAGAUCCAGUUCAGAGAGAAAGUACUAUGGACAGCUAUUACACUAUUCAUUUUCUUAGUGUGCUGUCAGAUACCUUUGUUCGGAAUCAUGUCAUCAGACUCUGCAGAUCCUUUCUAUUGGAUGAGAGUAAUUCUUGCAUCAAACAGAGUGCCUGAAGUAAUGCUGUCCUGAGCCCCAAGCAAUGCCUCUAAAUGAUACUGCAAUGGACUUUGAUGGAGUUGGGUAUCUCACCCAUUGUGACAUCUGGUUUGAUCAUGCAGCUCUUAGCUGGUGCCAAGAUCAUUGAAGUUGGUGAUACACCAAAAGACAGAGCUCUUUUCAAUGGAGCCCAGAAAUUGUUCGGGAUGAUAAUUACCAUUGGGCAGGCCAUUGUGUACGUCAUGACUGGGAUGUAUGGAGAUCCUGCUGAAAUGGGUGCUGGAAUUUGUCUCCUUAUCAUAAUUCAGUUGUUUGUUGCUGGUUUGAUUGUGCUGCUGUUAGAUGAGCUGCUGCAGAAGGGUUACGGCUUGGGGUCUGGUAUUUCCCUCUUUAUUGCUACCAACAUCUGUGAAACCAUUGUCUGGAAGGCCUUUAGUCCCACUACCAUUAACACUGGCAGAGGAACGGAGUUUGAGGGUGCAGUGAUUGCAUUAUUCCAUCUUCUGGCUACACGAACUGACAAAGUCCGUGCUUUGCGGGAGGCUUUCUACCGACAAAACUUGCCCAAUCUCAUGAAUCUGAUUGCUACCGUCUUUGUGUUCGCUGUGGUCAUAUAUUUUCAGGGGUUUCGUGUUGAUUUACCUAUCAAGUCUGCCCGAUACCGUGGACAGUACAGUAGCUAUCCCAUCAAGCUCUUCUAUACCUCCAACAUUCCCAUCAUUCUUCAGUCUGCCUUAGUUUCAAACCUCUAUGUUAUUUCCCAGAUGUUGUCUGUUCGGUUUAGUGGCAACUUCUUAGUAAACUUACUAGGACAGUGGGCAGAUGUCAGUGGUGGUGGCCCUGCUCGCUCUUACCCAGUUGGUGGUCUCUGCUAUUACCUGUCUCCCCCAGAAUCCAUGGGUGCUAUAUUUGAGGAUCCUGUCCAUGUAAUUGUUUAUAUCAUUUUUAUGUUGGGAUCCUGUGCGUUCUUCUCCAAGACAUGGAUUGAGGUGUCUGGUUCAUCAGCAAAAGAUGUUGCUAAGCAACUGAAAGAACAGCAAAUGGUGAUGAGAGGCCACAGGGAUACAUCGAUGGUUCAUGAGCUUAAUAGGUACAUCCCUACAGCAGCUGCAUUUGGUGGCUUGUGUAUUGGUGCCCUCUCAGUAUUAGCAGACUUUCUUGGAGCCAUUGGAUCAGGCACUGGCAUCCUGCUUGCAGUCACCAUUAUUUAUCAGUAUUUUGAAAUAUUUGUAAAAGAACAGGCUGAAGUUGGAGGAGUGGGUGCUUUAUUUUUCUAAAUGUCCAAAUAUUUCAUGAUUUGCUUGAAAGGGAAAGUAUUCUGACAACAUGCCUCACAUCAGUCCAAUAAUGCUGUCGUCUUUUUCUUUGUUUUCAAGUGCUAAGUCCCAUUAUCAUAAUGGGCACUGAGCAAUGCCUGUGUGCAGCAUCAGUACCAGCUGCCUUAAGAAUAAAGUUUACAUUAUCUUGUUUAAAUAGAUCUAGUGUUGCCUGUAAUGCUGGAAAUAAAUGCAUCUACUUUGCUAUUCAGACACUACAGUGAGAUGGUAAAAUGUAAGAGUUUGAUUAUUAGUAAACAUUUUGCACACAGCGUGAAGAUCUUAAAUUGAUUUCCCCAUUUUUAGUCAGAAAAAAAUACCAGAGUGCAGAUUGCCACAUGCCAAUAUUCUUGAGCUUAUUAAAUAAGUUCUUGACAGAAUUUGUAUGUAAUCUAUAUUUUACAUGAAUUACUUUUUAUACUUUUUUAACGUGCAUUUCCCCAUGGUUGUGCUUCAGUAUUCCCUCUUCAUUUGUGUUGUCUCCACUUGGGCACCAAACUCCUCGUCAUGAGGGUGGACAAAUGUUUUACCUGAGAUUGCUGCUACUCUCACCGGUGAAUUGGUUCUGCUGUGGGGGGUGCUGUAUGUGCAAGGCCCAGAGAGCACUUCCAUUCUCAGCCCUGGGCUUCCCGCAUGGUAGGUGCAGUCAUGCCACCAGGUUGGUCUAUGCCUUUUGUAUUUAACAUGUACUUGUGAAAACUGCCACUGAAACUUCAUGUCCACUUUGCUUUUAUGAUUCUGAAGGACAGAGGCCUGCUUCCUAAAGCAUUGUUCGGAGUGGGGAGAUGGGGGAAAUAAGCAAUUCCUGUUGAAAAAUUAUUUAUGUUGUCAUACUUUACAACAGUAAUGUAACUAGUAUAAACAUUAGACAAUAAACUUAUUUAAUUAAA